CAGUUGCAGGAGGUGGUCGCCUGCUCGACAGGAUUCGCAAGUGGUAUUAUAAUGCAGCUGGAUUCAACAAACUCGGAUUAAUGCGAGAUGAUACGUUGUAUGAAGAUGAUGAUGUAAAAGAAGCACUGAAGAGACUUCCAGAACAUCUUUACAAUGAAAGAAUAUUUCGCAUAAAACGAGCACUCGACUUAAGCCUGAAACAUCAGAUCCUUCCAAAAGAUCAGUGGGUGAAGUAUGAAGAGGAUAAGCGUUAUCUUGAACCGUACCUAAAAGAAGUAAUCCGUGAAAGAUUUGAAAGAGAAGCAUGGAACAAGAAGUAACUAUUGAACUACUUCAUGCAAAUAUCCACAUAUUUUUGAUUUUUAAACAUUUGGUAGAAGUCAGCAGGGAGGAAAACGUGAGGCUGAGGAAUACUGUUUCAGCUUGUUCACUGAAUCUGUUCAUCCAACUAAAAUAAACAUGUCGAAGUAUAAAA